GUGUCGUUUGAAAGUGUUUUCAAUAGGUCGUAAAAUAUCAUCCUUUUUAGUGAAAUAAAACAUCCGGAAAGCCCAUAAAAUGUCGCUAUCGGCGAACAUUAGUGUCGAGGCACCGAUAGAAAACCAAAUCCAGGAGAUAGCCUACGAUGGCACGGAGAUUUACCAGCUGCCACCAACGCUAUCGGAGCAUCUGGCCAAAUGUGCCACCAAGAUAGACUUCAGCAAAACCUCCAGCGAUAUCGAUCUGCUCCAGCAGUCGAUCAAGAAAGAGGACGAGAAAAAAGAGGAAGAAUCGAAGGAUCCGAAAGAACAGUUCCAGUCGAGCCUUUGGCCGUGGGAUUCCGUGCGCAACAAGCUAAAGGAAGCCCUAACCGAGGUGUGCGUCCUAUCUGACGUGUUGAACAUCGCGAAGGAGAAACGCUUCAUGGUGCUGGAUCCGAUCCCGCAGGAACCACCCGAGGUGAAGCAGAUGGUACUGGUGUACGCACGGAAAAAGGCGCUCGCAAGUGCCGCAAACAUUCUGCAGAGCGGCGUCGAGCGACUGAAGGCGGCCCAAAGCGACCAGGGUGUAAAUCGGAGCAACUCGUCCGACUUUCAUAUCGAGCUGCUCCGUUUGCGCCGCAAUUGGAGGUUAAAGAAAGUUUCCAAUACGAUCAUUGGAGAUUUGAGCUACCGGACGGCGGGUUCCAAAUUUAUGCACCCGGGCAUGUUUGAGGUAACGAAGGCGGAAGAUGAAGAGUCGGGUUCCCCGCCGGCGAGUCCUUCCGGUGCCGGAGCUGCCGGUACGGUUGCGUGCCCGAAGAUCAACUCCGCGCUGCGCGUAAACGUCCCGACCGAGCUGCAGGGUGUUGCGUUCAUUAAGGUGAUCACCCAGAAGGACCAGGAGGAUCUCUGUACCGCCAUCGUGAAUAUGAUGGGUUCAACGCAGCUCGUACCGCAGGCCGGUGCAUGGCAGCAAACGCUCGAGUACGCCCAGAAUGUGCUGUUCUGCAAGGAACUGUUCAACCAGUUGGCUCGUGAAGCUGUUCAGCUGCAGGCGCCAAUUCCACACGUUGUCGUUGGUAACCAGAUACGGGCGACACUGCUUCCCGGCAUCCAGCUCAUCAUCAGCUUGUGCCACUCGACGUCUUCCGAUUCCAACAACAGCUCCGUCCCGAUCAAGGACCACGAUCACGUGCUCGAGCACAGUCUGCAUCAGCUGUUGCGGGAAUUUCACCACAAAAACACGCACCACCCGUUCCCCCACCCGGCCAGUGGGCCGCUGGGGCCAAGCAAAAAGCGUAUGCUUGCCGGUCCGUCCGCAUUCGAUCGGCACGAGCUGCUAGAGAUGACGAAAUCACAAACCCUGCUCGAGCAGAUCAUCGCUCAGGCGCAGCACAUUUUCACGCGCCGUCGCACCCAGUACGUGCUCGAUACGGUGGCACGGGAUGUGAAGGAUCCGAUGAUCACCUCCCACUGGAACGCAAUGAACAGCCCGACGAUGUCGUGCGUCAAGAUUAACAUCACUUCGCACGGCUACGACGCUAACCUGCGCACCUCGCUCGUGAUCCACGUGAAGGAACGAUCGCUCAAGUGUAUCUGCCGCGAUGGGCGCAUCAUGCACAUGUCGUACGAGCCGCAGGAAUUGCGCGAUUUGAUCCUCUGCCAGAUCAGCCAGCACCAGAUCGUGUGCCUGCAGAACCUGGCCAAGUGUAUGGCCUGGCAGAUCCUUUCCAGCAGCAGCCACCUCGGUAUCGGCGCCGUCGAACCGCUCGGGAAUGCAUCCUCCUGCGUGCUGGCUUCACCGAACAGUGACCGUUUGAUUGCGGUCCAAGUUCGCUGUGAUUCGCAGAUCGAUGUGAAAGUUUUCAUUGCCCAAAGUCCGGCGAAGGACUUCUUCCCGGGCUCCCUCGUCCAGGGACGCCAUUGGGAGCAUCUCGGCGGACAUUUCAAGGAGGUUCGCUUCGACAAGAUGGAGGGUAAAAACUUCCACAACAAAAUGGAGUUUCUGAUGGCCAGUCUUACCAGUCAGUCUUAAGGAAGGUGCGAAUCUGCGAUAAUCACAGGUCCUUUCUUUCUCCAUCCCAUAAGCAAACGUAUGUUCGAUCGGACGAUCGUUUUGUAUUUUCAAUUCAUUGCACUCAUACUAAAAUAAUAUAACUCAUAAAAUAAAAUCGAAAGCGUGACUGAUGAACCGGCGUUGGAAACAUUGUAGCACUCCCACUGAAAACUCCAACCCAACUGAUCUGUUGGGAAAUAAAUUUAUGAUA